GUCGUUAUUCUCCAUAACAGCAGGUGGCAGUAUUGGUUGUAAAUAUCAGUGCUACACACAGUAGAGCUGAAGGCGGAUUUUGUGUAUCUGGUUCUUCAUAAAUGUAUUUUUUAUUACGUGACUGAAGAUACGUGCAAGGAAUAUGGCAGAUGACGCUCUGUUUGAAUUUCUCCACAUGGAGAUUGUUGCUCACAUGUACAAGGAGCAGGUGACCCGGGAGGACAUUGAUAAGGAGAGAGUGACAUGUGUCUCUACUCUAGAGUUGAUGGGCUUCAGAGUUGGACAAGGACUGAUUGAAAGAUUUACAAAAGACUGCCCCACUUUCAAAGAUGACUUGGACGUAAUGAAGUUCCUGUGUAAAGAUUUCUGGAGCAUGAUCUUCAAAAAACAAAUCGACAACUUGAGGACCAACCAUCAGGGCACAUACGUCUUACAGGAUAAUAAAUUUGCACUCCUAACUCAGUUUUCCAGUGGAAAGCAAUACCUUGAAGAGGCACCUAAAUACUUGGCCUUUUCCUGUGGGUUGAUUCGAGGAGCUCUAUCUAACCUGGGCUUGGAGAGCGUCGUCACUGCGGAGGUUUCUUUAAUGCCAUCAUGCAAAUUCCAAGUUGUAAUUCAGAAACUCUAAGAUGGACUAAAUGAGCUCUGAACAGCAAUGUUUCUUCAAUUAAAACUUUGUGAAUGUGAAUUACAUGGACCUAGAUUCUAAAUGUUUACAACAUAUUUUACAUAAUGCUGUUUGCAGUUUCAAGCAUUUUUGCGAGACAGAUCCCAUACAUUUCACUUUUCUUUUCUUUUUUUUCUCCAUACCACAUAAAUUCAAAAUCUUGACCUGUUUGGAAAUAUUCUGAAUGUCGUAUUCUACCUCAGCUCCACUUAUUACUCACUAAAUUGCUGUUGCAGAUAAUCAUGGAAACAUAUUUUCUUAAAUAUGACAUUUCGUAACUUUUGAAUAUUUCAUAAACUCAUAACUUCAUUUAACAUGUUUUUGUCCACUUUUUUAAUACUCCUUCUGCUGGAUAAGACAUUUAAAAUUGUAAGAUGCAUUGUUUUUUACAGCUUUAUUGUAAAAGUAAAUUAUUUAUGUAUAUUUGGGACAGUUAAUAUCUGUAGUUAUCUCAACCCAGCUAACUAAAGCCAUAAUUUAGUGUUGACAAACCUAAUUUAUUUUUUGGGAAAUCAUAUCAUUGAUAAUCAUAUGGAGAAAAUGUAUGGAUUCUGGAAAAACUGCUUUUUUUUCUUCCUUUUUUUUUUCUUUUUUUCAUAUGUUUAUGGUUUGGGUAAAUUGGUUAAAUAGAGGCAGGUUUUAACUGGUCAAGUUUUCAAGGGGAAAAAAAAAUAAUAAUAAUUCUUGAUUUCACCAGAAGAGGGAAACCUUUGUCAGUGAGACAUAUGUCAAAGUAAAAGCACAAAAAUAAUAUUUUAUCAUAAAACUUUGAUUUGAAUGAUCUUGUACAAGCGUCUUGCGCUUGUAUUUUAGUUAGGUACUCAAGCUUUAUUAGUUUUAUUAGCUGGUAGAGUUUUUCUGUGUACUGUGCUUGUUGUCGACUGCAUAAUUCUGGAGGGUUUUAUCAUUAUUCAAUAAAUAAAGGAUUAAAAAAAAUUAUAUUUGUAAUACAUUUAUU